UAUUAUUAUUUUGAAAUACCGGUGCAGUGAAAUAGCUAGCUAGCCUAGCUAGGCAAGCGUCAGGGUUAUUUAGCUUAUUACAUGCUCGAGAAGGAUAAUAUGAAGUAGUAUUUGUGGAAGGUAGAUAUACAUGAAUCCAUAAAAUUUGAUUUCGUUGGUGCUGCAGCGCUGAAAAUAUGAAAUAAUGAAGAAGUUCCUGAAAGGCAACAAGAGCAAAACGACGGCACCUGCUGCGGCCGCGGCUACAGGUGGACAGCCGCAGUCGGGGGGACAUGGAGCCGAAGCCCCCGGCUAUGUUGUCAAAGAGAAGGACCUGUCCAAAUUGCACAAGGCGGCUUGGACGGGCGAUACCAUCAAAGUUAAGCAAUUGACAAAGAAAGGCGAUGUGAAUACUCUGGACAAGGAAAAUAGAACGCCCCUCCACCUGGCAUGCAGCAAGGGUCACAUUGAUGUGAUAGACAUAAUAAUAGCAUGUAAAGCCAAACUGAACAUGUGUGACAAUGACCAGCGAUCACCUCUUAUGAAGGCUGUUCAAGGUAACUUUGGUGUCUGUGUGGAAACUCUGUUGCUCAACAAGGCAGAUCCUAACCUGGUGGAUAAGAAUGGUAACACAGCUCUUCAUCUGGCUGCUAUAGCAGGAGCACAAGAUCCCACUCUCUUUCUCCUGGAGAAUGGAGCUAUGGUCAAUGCAGCUAAUAAGGAUGGGAGUAUAGCCCUCCAUCUAGCAGCAGCUAACAAGCACGAUGAGGUCAUUGAGAUCUUUCUAAACGAAGAUGUCGAUGUGAAUGCUACUGACAAUGAAAACAGGACUGCUUUGAUGUGGGCGUGUCAGACUGAUCAGAUAGGUGUAGUUAGAGUGCUACUAGCAAACAAGGCUGAUAUCGAUAUCAAGGACAGCAAAGGUUGGACAGCCAAUGACCAUGCCAUCAUGGGAGGAUUCCAUGGUUGUUCCCAUCUGAUAGAUGAGUACAUAUCUAGCAGGCGACCAGUAUCAGCUCUGAGAUCAACCGGAGGAGGGACUGGAGGAAUGUUUGGUUCUACGGCAGGCACUGAUGCUCUAGGCUUCACACUGGGAGGACCAGCAAUUGAUAACUUGGAUGAUGAAGAUGAUGACUUGUCAGAAGGAAAAUCCGUAGCAGAUUCUUGGGCUGCUUCAGCCUCUGAGGUUGACGAUCCUCCAGUCAAGAAGAAAAGCAACAAACCUAGCAAACCCAUCAAGUUGACCAAAUUCAUGAGCCAAGACUCCGACAAUGAAUCCAUCCACAGCAACGCCUCGGUCCACUCUACCGCCUCCCGAUCCCGCAUCCCUCGCGCCAGGUCCAACUCCAAAGAUAGCAUGCGCAGCGCCACCAGCACCCGUUCCGUCCGAUCCGACGUCAGUGCUGCUAGCCCUAGUAGGAUUCCCAAGUUGAGAUCCCCGGAGAAGGAGAGGAGGAAGGGCAUGGCUACUCCUGCUGCCGCAUCACCCGGCAAGAAACCGUUGAAGAGGAGAGACACAGAAGAAGAUGAGAAUGAUGUUACACCAAGGGGGGAUGCCUCGGUUACCCCUACACCAAGGGAAAGUGUUGUCUCUGCAGCAAGGACUGUGAGUGAUUUUGAUGAUGAUGACGAUCUGUUUCCUCUAUCAGACAAUGACAAACCUAAGCUGAGUCUUGUUGGAAAGAAUAAGCCAAAUGUUUCAGCAAUGUUAAACAAGCUGGGCAUGAGUGACCUUGAUGAUGAUGACGAGGAGGAGGAGGAAGAUGAUUCUUGGCUGACUGAUACAAAGAAAGAAAAACAAGGGACAGUUAAAAGAGGAGUACAGCCUACUACUCCAGACAUCGUAGUUGAUGAACCACAUGAUGAUAAUGACAAUGAAUCUGAUUGGGAUUCAGAUGAUGACUUACUGCCUUCUGAAGGAUCAAACACUAAAGAGCCAGCAAAGCAGACUGGUGCCAAACCCAUUCCAGAGAAGAGGAGUAGUACACAAGAUGUGGGCAAGAAGACCAAAGAGGAGGUACCAGUCAGAGCUACCUCUGAUAACAGUGGUGAUCAUUGGGAUACAGAAGAGGAUGAGGAUGAGGAGGAAGAAGAGGAGAGCGAGUGGGAGCGAAGUGGCAAGCUCAAUAAAGUACAAAAGCAAAUGGAAGAAGAAAGACAGAAGCAGUGGGAAGAAGAGGAGAGACUGAAGAAGGAGAAAAUUUUGAGAGAGGCAGAGGAAGAGAUUCAGAGGGAAAAAGAAGAAAUGGCAAGACAAGCUGAGUUAGAACGACGGCAAAACGAAGAGGAAAGACAGAGAUUAGAAGAGGAGAGACAGGAAGUAGAACAAGAGAGGAAGAAAGCUGAGAGAGAAAAACAAGCUGCAGAGGAAAGGAGAAUGGAAGAAGAACAAAUGAAGCAGAAAGAACAGGAGGAGAAUUUGAAAAGGGAGAAAGAACGAAUGAAGGAAGAGCUUGCCAAGGAAAAACAGCAGUUGGAAGAGGAAAAGAUGAGACUGGAAUCAGAAAAUGUUGCACAAGAAAAGAUAAAGAGAGAAGAAGAAGAAAGAAGAGAAGCAGAAAGGAAAGAACAGUUGAUUAAAGAAAGGCAGAGGAUGGAGAUGGACUUGGAGAGAGAACGAGAGGUACUUGAAGAAGAACGCAGACAAGUUCAAGAAGAUAGGAAUAGAGAAGCCCAGAGAAAACAAGAAGCUGACGAGGAGAUCGCAAAUGAAAGAGAAAAAGAAAAUAAGAGGCUGGGAAAUGAGAGAAAAGAAGAGCUGAACAGAAUUGAAGAAGAAAGGAGACAGCUUUUGGAAGAAAAGAAAUUAGAAGAAAAGCGAAGAGAAGAGGAAAAGAAAGAGUUCAUGGAACAAAGAAAAUUAAAUGAACAAAAGCUUGAGGAAGAGAGACAGAGUCUUAAAGAGAUGAGGAGAAAGGAAGAAGAGAUCAGAGAAAAGGAACGUAAAGAACUUGAUGAAGAAAAGCAACAAAAUCAGCUUAUGCUUACUGCAGAAAGGGAACAAUUGGAUACAGAAAAGCAUAAACAAACAGAAGAGAAGAAUAAGAUUGAUGAGCUCAAGAAACACUUUGAGAUGCUGCGAAGACAGCAAGAAGAAGAAAAGAAGAAACUGCAAGCCGCAAAGGAAGAAGCAGAAGAAAAGCAGAGGUUGGAAGAAGAACGGCUCAAGAGAGAAGAAAAGAGAUUGGAAGAUGAGAGAAAGAGACAAGAAGAUGUCAGGAAACAGCUUGAAGAUGAACUUUUCAAUAAGAGAUCAGCUGGUGAAGCUGAUGAUACAGAUCGCCAAGCAGCAGCACAUCAUCUAGAGGAUGAAAGGAAGAGGCUGGAAGAUCAAAGGCAACGCAUAGAGCAACAGAGGAAGGACUUUGAAGAGCAACAAAUCAAGGAAAAGACAAACUUAUCGACCCUGGAGAGAUCCAUGAAGGAAGAGAAAGCUAAACUUGAGCAGAGUUGGAGAGAGCUGGAUCAAAAUCGGCAAGACAUGGAGAAGACUAUGCAAGAGAAAUACAAUGACAACCUGAAUGUGACAGGUGACAUCGAAGGACAGUUGAAGAAGGAAGCAGAACUAGCUUCUAAAGCCAAGGAGGAGCUGCAACAAGAAAAGCAGAGGCUUCAGGAAGAGCGCGAGCAGCUGAUGAACCGAACCAGGGAGAUGGAGAAGAAACGUGAUGAGCUGGAAGAGAUGAAGCGGAUGAUGCGACAGAGGCUGGAAGAGCAAAGAAAACAGCAACAGCAGAAUGUUACACGUCCCACAGAACUGCCUCCCAAGAGCCUCCAGGAGACUGCUGCGGGAGACCGGAGUGUCGACCAAGCCCUGAACCUCUACCAGCAGAACAUUGAGAGGCGUCUGAUGGACGAGGAGAGGUCAGACACGAUCUCAUCUGUCAGUCAGUUUGAUGGAAUGAUUGAUGAGCUGACUCACGAGAUGGAGUCAAUGAAGAUGGAGAAGGAUCAGAUGGAGAUGUCCGAUCCUAUUCUCUACAGCACGAUGGGGCAGAGCAUGGGGAUGACAGCAGGAACAGAUGGGACCUUCAUCAAGCUACACAACACAUCAGAGCUAGGACACCCUUCAGGAUUAGUAGCUGGAUCAAGACCCCUUACCAGCUCCUUGCCACCAUCCCUUCUGCAUCACAAUACAACCAACACAAACAAGAAACAACAGCCUGAAUGGAUGGCCAUACUCAGUGAAGGGGAUGGCCUUGACUACUCCAGCAGUGAAGAAGGCAACGGGUCUGCAGCUGAUGAUGGGGGUCAAUUAGGCACCUUGCCCCUCCUGGCAUCCACCCCUAUCGCACCCCUCACCGGCGUCCCCCAUGGAUCACUGGAUACAACUCUAGAUGCAACGACUGCCAUGCAGUUUCAUCAAGCGUUACGGGACAUGAGACGACGAGCAGACAGAGAGAAGAGUGCUAGGCUUAAUGCAGAGAACAGGUGUAAGACUCUACAGAGUGAGAAGCAGGACUUCUACAACAAACUGAUGGCAGUUAGUGAGAUGAAGGCAGGACUCGAGUCCAAGAUACUGGAUCUCGAAUCUCAGAUUAGGACUUAUGCGCAUAGGUUGGACCAGGAGACAGAGAAGCGUAGCAAUGCUGAACUGAUUUUGAAGAAAACAAAAGAACAACUCAUCAAAAGGGAACAGGCAUUCACAAAGGAGGUUGAAGCCAAACAGAGGGCUGAGCUAGCAGCAAGGACCAUUCAAGUAGACCUGAAAUCAGCAGCUAAUCUUAUCAAGCAGUUGGAGGAAGAGCGAGAUGAGCUGAGGAAGAAAGCAAUGAGUGAGAGGAAUGCAAGACUGAUGCAUCAAGACAUCUUACAAGACCAGGAAGAGAAGGAGAUGAAGCUCAAACAAGGUGCAUCGAAGUAUCAAUAUCAGAAGGCUGAAGCAGUAGCAAGACUUGAAGCAGCUGAUGAGAGUAGAAAAGCAGCUCUCUCUCAUAAUGAUCGUCUCAAGGCGGACUUGUAUGCCCUCAAGGUUGAACUAGAGAGACAGAGUAUACAUCACCAUGACAACCAAGGUUUCCUAGCAACAGAAAACCAAGAACUCAACAACAAGAUUGAAGAACUCAAGUCUGACAUUCAAGUGAAUGAGGAGGCCUUAGCCCAUGCUACCAUGGCCUUCAAUGUACAGCUUGCUGCAGUGAGAGCUGAAAACACCAAGCUCUACUCAAAGCUGGAGAGAGGAGAGACAGAGAUAGACAGGGUACAGACAGAGCUAUCAUCUGCAAAGAAACUUGUAAAUAGCACCAAUGUGGAGCUGGAAAAGUCACAAUUAGUCAGAAAUGAAACUGAACGUGAAUUGAAGCGUAGGGAAGAGGAGUGGAGCAGAUCUGUUGAAAAACUAACUAUGGAGGUCUCAAGCUUGAAGGACAACAGUCAGACUUCAGCAAGGAAACUGAGCAGUGCAGAGAGUAAGGUCCACAGACUGGAAAAUGAGCUCCAAGUGGCGACUGCAACCCUGCGUGAGCGUUCAAAUCAGCUAUCUGCCCUCAAGAGGGAGCUAGAGAAAGGUGCGACGAGUCAACAGUCCCAUGAUGCAAUGCUGCAGAAAGAUAGGAAUGAGAAUGCAAGGCUAGCUGCAAGGAUUGAAAGUCUCAAUGAAAAAUUGACAGAGUCCCGAGCACAGGUCACGUCGCUACGCCAGGCAUUGGAAGCUGCCAAGAAUGAGAACAGAGAUCAGAACAGGGAGACUGCAAACACCCAGGAUAAGCUGAAUACAACUCUUACUACCAUGCAGAUGGAAAACAAUAGGGCUCGCACUAUCUGGGAAGAGAAGCACACUAACAUGGCAGAGACCAUGACACGUGUGAAGGAAGACUUCCGCCAUUCUGAACAUAACAGACAACUGAGAGAACAAGAACUUAGACAGAUACAACAGGAGUUAACAGAGGCCUUGAGAAAACAAUCUAUUGCUGAAGCAAACCUGGACAUUCGUAAAAAGGCUCUGGAUGAUCAGCAUAGGGACAAAGAGGGCGUCAAGUCAGAAAUGAAACAAGUCCAAGAUCAGGUCCUGGUCAUGCAGCAAGAGAGACGAACCUUAGAGACCAGGAUUGAAGAGCUACAGAAUGAUCUUCUACAGGCCGAGAGGGGUAGCAUGGCAACAUCACAACAACUCGUCUCUACUCACAAAUCACUACAAAAACUGAGCGAACUUGAAGAGAGACUUCGGCAUUUUCAGGCUGAGAAUUCUCGUCUAGAGAUCAUCGUGAAGCAGCUGGAUGAGAGAAGUGAAGGUCUGAAAACCGAUCUACAGGAAUCUCAAAAGAUUCGCAGUGGUCUAGAAGCCCUUGUGACUACACUGAAGACAAGUAAUCUACAAAUAGAGGGCAAACUCAACGAAGAGUUUGCUGCCAGAAACAUCUUUGCUAAAGAAGCUGGAGAACACAAGGACUUGUGGGAAAUUGAGGUCAAAUCAAGGUCACGGAUAGGAAUAAGGAUAUCUCAGCUUGAGAAAGAGAAGGCAAGAAUGCAAGCUGAUAUUGAAGAGGAGAGAAGACACAUGCGGAAAGGUGCAGAAUUGAAGAAAAAUCUAGAAGUCAAGUAUGAUGUAGAGGUGGACAAGAACCGGAGAUUGGAACAGGAACUAAAUACGGCCAAAGCCAAGAUGAAGCUAAUGAGGAGAAAGUUAAAGGAACUGGAAUCUCCUGAGCUUCGUAUCAGCACCUUACAGUCUGAGUUUGAGAGAGAAAGAAUCAACAUGGAUGGAACAAUGGCUAACAUUAGGAGACAACUGGAAGAUGUGAAUCAGCAGCUUGAGAGAGAGAAUCUUCUCAGAAUGGAUCUUGAGAAAGACAAUCGUAGACUGCAGCAAGAAAUUAAUUCAUCCAAGAGUGCAUUGAAGAAUAAAGACAAGCUGGAAAGAUCAAAGAGGAAGUUACAAGAUGAAUUAUCUCAAACAAGAAUGUCAAUGCAACACAAUUAUGUUGAGAAAGGAGAGGUAGAUAGAUACAAGCUAGAACUUGAUGCAAAGGCACGAUCUGAAAUCAACCAGAAACUGGAGCAAGUGAAUGCAUACCUAGAACAGCAGAGUGCGGCUCGAGAUCAACUGGAUCAGAUAAGACAGUCUGGAGAGGAGGAAGCCAAGAGGGAAAUAGAGGAUACCAUUACUAAUCUCAAGACAGAAACCAGUCAGCUGAGGUCCACCAUUCAUGAGCUACAAACCCAGAAGGCAACACAGGAGACAGAAGUGGCAAGAUUUAAGGAACUUCAUCGUCGAGAGGUUGAAACUCGUGAGAGGCUCAGAGCAGACUUGGAUAGGACUCAGAACAGACUAGUUGAUCUAACAACAAGAAUGACUAUGGAUAGACAUAAGACAAAGCACACCAGAGCCAGCAGUCUUGAUCUCACCCCAUCUAAAACAUCUCCUAGGGGAAGAGCAUCUAGCCCUGUUACUGGUGUGGAUCCAAUCACAGAAAAGGUUCGAUCAGAAUUGGAUAAGAGCAUUGAAAGGCAUUUGCAAGCAGCUACCACAGAAUUUGGUUCUUCAUUUUAUUCUGAGAGAAAAAGUAGGGACCCCCUUAACAACUCACUUAGUGCAAGCGCCCUGGGUCUGACGCAGCAUAACAACAAUUACAUGUCCGUCCUCAGGAAAAAUUAUUUUGUUUAGAAGUGCCCCUCAUGAAAGCAACAGUAUUCCAUGGUGUGCUAUUGAGAAAGUAUGUUACGGUGAUGACAUUGCUGAGCUGUAGAUGGCACUUCUGAAGAGGCUUGCUGGGUAGUGCUAUAGAAGUAUCAAGGCUGGUUCAUGCACAGUAGGGGCAUGGAGUUUGCAAGAAUCAUGCAGAGAGUCUGCAACAUGUCUCUGCUCAUUGAGAUUUUCAAAAGUGUCCUCUGGUGGCCCUGUGGCGGUCCAGUGAAACUGCCUUCCUUUUCACUGCAAGGAGCAGAAGAGUAGAGGAAACAAUUCAAGGAAGCUCGUAAUUUCAUGAAUUAUUUUGAGCAUCAAAGUGCAUGUCUAUUCUUGUGAAGUUAUUUGAGGGAUAUUUUUUUAAAGCAGAAAUGCUUAAGGUUGAUUCCUUGCGAUGAGUCCAAAAGAACAGAAGUCUUUCAUCCAUUUACUUCAACCAAAAAUACAAAAGAUCUCUUUAUAUGUCCAUUGAUUAUUGUUAGUGAUACCUGGAAGAAUCAGAUUAAGACCAGAAACUUUUCUUUUUUUGAUGAUGAAAUAAAUGGAUAAAAGUUGAUGUGGCAUUGGACACAUUGCACUGAAUCGACCUGCAGUGAAAGACUACAGGUAUAUUGGGUUACGGCUAUGUUCAAGAGAUUUGUGUAUUACAGUUCUCAUGACAAUCAAGUAUUAUGGUCUUUACUACAGUGUACUGUAAUCAUUUUGUCCAUUGUCACGACGGUUUAUGUUGAAUGUCACAUGUACUUAAUUUUACCUAAGCUUUUUACAACAUUGCCAAUGAAUUUCUAUACGAUGUCAUCUCAUGCGUAAGACAGUGUAAGUAUUAAAAGAAAGUGGCUGCAUUUUUAUAAGUUGUUGUUACUAAGUGAGGAAAUGGGAAUGAGCUUUUAGAGAGUACUUGUAAUAGAGCUUUAAUAUAUAAAUGUAGGUACUAUUCAUGAAACUGUUACCUUGAGUUGUAAAAUAUAUACAGUUAUGAGAUUCAUUCUCUAAGUAUUGAUGUUAUUUAUAUUUCUUGUGUGUUACUAUACUUAAAAUUGUUUUAGCAGUUCAGAAAACGAUUUUCACUAUAAAAUGAAUUGACAGUUUAUAUAUAAAUUUUUGCUUUGCAAAUUUGUGUGAUGCAUGUUAUCUUAAGGUACUAUUCAACAUCUUUUGUAAUGUGAUUCAGGGUUAAUCCUGUAGUGUCAUAAAAAUCAAAAUUACAAGAAACAAGCAAGCAAUGUGAAAUAAUUUUUAGAAAUGUACAUAAUUACAGGCCUUAUGGUCUCUAUGCAUUUGCCAAAAUGGACAUAGAAAAGCACAGGAUGCAAAUCGAUCUUUAUACACUAAGUCAGUUACAGGUCUAAUAUGUUUAACAAAGGAAACCUCAAGCCUUCAGACUAAAUUCCUUUAGGAAACUUUAUUUUGAAUAGCACUUAAACUUGACGUCAUGGUUUAAAUUUUGGUAGAUUACUAGCCUAUGAAAUAGUGUACUUGAUCUCUUCUUUUAUAUUUUAUUGGAAACAAAGCUGCUUCCCUUUUUUAUACUUCAAGAUGUUAAAUAGUACCUUUAUUUAAAUCAAAUGUUUGGCAUGAAAAAGAAAAGAAAACAUGAUGCAGAAAAGAACUAUGCUUGUGUGAAAUGUACUAAACAUGAAUUCUACAUUAUUUCUGAACUGUAAUGCAAUGUAUUUAAUAUGCACCUUGAUUGUCUUGAUUCACCUUGAAUGCUCUCUUGAUUUAUACAGAUACAUGAUAAAUUAAUCAACUAUCAAAUUUUGUGAAUGUUUUUAAGUAUGCAAAUUUUUAUCACAUUUCUAUGGAAUUUCUAUUUAUUGUAUGAGUGAUGUCCAUGCAUCGUAAACAUAUGUUGUAAAUAAAGUCCAGGAUGGGGUUUUGUUUAUAGGAAAGCUAGGAUGUAGUUGAUGCCCGGAGUUCAGGGGCGGUAUUCUAGGAUUCAUUUUUAUCUCUGAUUUUAUCUCAGGCAGAUAAAAUACCCUUCAAGUCUGUAUCGGUAGUCUGAGAAUCACUUUAUCUAGAUUUCACUCCGUCGGUGUUAGCCAAUAGAACCAUGUUAUGCCAGUCUCUUGGGUGCAAGAGCACUAGGCAUGCCUAAAAAUGCAUAAGAGCAUUUGCUAGGACCUUCUUGAAAAAUGACCAAGGUAGUUUUAAUAGGUUUUUGAACACCAUUAGAAGCAUCAUUUUUAAGUACGAUUUAAUUAGUUGGCAAAAAUCUUGAAAUACAACUCAGUAACCCAUGAGAAUGUUGAUUGAGCAAUGUAGUCUGUACUCAAUUUAAUUUGUGUAUUUUGAUCACAGCUGAAUACUUUAAAAUAAAUGUCGCAUGUACAGAGCCUCCGAGAGAUAGAAAAGCCUGUUACCUUAUUUUGAGGUCAAAUGAACAGUAAUAUCUGAGAUAAAAGUGGUCUCAGAAUAGCAAUUAUUAAAAAUUAAAAAAAAUAAAAAUGAUAUAGAUAAAAUUGUGCUUAGAAUACUGCCCUGGUAGUAAUAAGAAAAUGAAUUCCAACUAGAGUUUUCACUAAAUUUUGCGAGGUAUAACAAAACACAUUAUUCUGAAAAAUUCUGAAAAACACAAAUCUGCCAAAUGAUUCUGAUUGAUAAUCUGUAAUUAACGAUUGCAGAGCGAUUGGUGAAUGUGUGUAGUGGUAUUCAGUGUACCAGUAUGUGGUUUUCAACCUUUCAACAUAAUAAUAUUUUCAUGUACACUGUACAAUAAUUAGGAAUUACUUUUCACAGAUUUUCUCCAAACACAAUCUGGAAAAAACGCUCAUUUGUAUCUUAUAGUUGUAAUCGCCACAAUGUGAAUGAGAUAUGUCAUGGUUUCACUGCACAAAAUCUAUUCCCACUCAUUUUGGAAUGCCCAAAGAUGCAUUACCAUUUCCAGAUGAUAAUUUUUUUGUUUAAAGGAGCAAUGUUUUUCUUCAAGCUAAAUAUUUAUUUGGUUUUUUAGUGUUUGAAACAAACGGGUGGUGCUGUGCUGUGUUGUCUUGCCAAAUACUGAAAGUAUGUAACAGUAAAAGUAAUGCUCGUUGUGUUAUUGGCUUGUUUGAUCCUCUGCAGUUCUCACAUUGUUGUUCUAUUAGAAGCAUGCUCAUUGCUGUUGAUGUAUAUCAAAUCCAUGACCAGUGGAUCUAGCAAAAAUUUCCAUGAUAACUUUGAAGUGAAAUAAUAACCGCCCAACUAAAUGGCAAAAUCAUCACAAUUGCCAAUUAAUAAAUAAGAUUGAAUUUAAACUCUAUAUUUUAUAUUUUCCGGGAGAAAAAGAAAGAAAAAGAAAUAUGCAUAUGAUGAUCAUUUCAUGAUUUUAGGAUAUAAUACUAAGAAAGCAAGUUACGCAGACAAAUAAUGUCGAAGGUAGUAGCUAAUCAUUGAUAAUUCUGCCAAAAUAUUCAAUGAUUUAAAUUGUAUUUAAAGAUUCUAUUAAAUAAGCUUUUUUAUCAUUUAAUAUUUUGCAGGACUGUGUUCAAAUAUAAGGAUGCAGGGGCCUUUUAGAUUUGUGCAUAAUAGAUCUCCUGUAUUCAAGCUUCAAAACUGUAUUUGCAAAUGUUGUGUUGGUACAUGAAUAAAUGUUUCCGGUACUGUG